AUGCCUAUCUAUCUAUCUAUCUAUCUAUCUAUCUAUCUAUCUAUCUCCUUUAAUUACUUUGUUCCUAUCUAUCUAUCUCCUUCCUCUCUACCUUCUAAUGCAUCUCUCUCUGCGUCUGUUUAUCUGUCUGUCUGUCUGUCUAUCUAUCUAUCUCUCUAUUCCAUCCUUCCUUCCUAUCUAUCUAUCUAUCUAUCUAUCUAUCUAUCUAUCUAUCUAUCUAGCGAGAUUAAGGUGGGCUUAUUCUAUAUCUAUCUAUCUAUCUAUCUAUCUAUCUAUCUAUCUAUCUAUCUAUCUUGCUACCUAGCUACUUCCACCCUUCCUUCCUAUCUAUCUGAUCUAUUUGUAUUAAUAUCUAUCUAUCUAUCUAUCUAUCUAUCUAUCUAUCUAUCUAUCUAUCUAUCUAUCUAUCUAUCUAUCUAUCUGUGCGUGCUGCGUGCUCGUGUGUCUAUUUGCUAA